AUGGAUAAACUCGAUAAAAUUAUUGCAUAAUUAGAUGAAUUAGAAAUUAGUUAAAAACAUAGAGAAGAUUUAGUUAAAAGAAAUGAAGUUACUUUUCUUUUAAAAUUACCUAAAGUAUUGAAUGAAAUUUUAUUCAGGUCAUUUUAAUUUAAAGAGUGUGUGGAUUUUUAGAUGAUAAUGAUUUAUAUAGAUUUACAGCAACUUGUUCUACUCUAAGAAAAAAUAUGUUUUGUCCAUUAGGAUUCAAAUUAUUGAUGCUUAGUAGAAAUGCUAAUCAUUUGGUUGGUGGACCGAAACAUUAAUAAAUACAACUAAAACAUGAAAAAAUUGAUAUCAUAACAUGUGGAAAUUUAUCUACCAAUAAUAGUAUGUUUGAAACAGAAGAAGAUGCUCUUGCUUAAUUAGAAGUAUUAAAAGCUGUUAAAGAUUUCUUGACUAGUAAAUUAUAAGAUUCAUAUGCAACUAUAAAAUAAUUAUAAGACAUGCUAGAUGAUGCUUAAGCUACUCUCAAAUAUGAAAAAUCAGUGAAUUUAAAACUUCAAUCUAAGAUCAAUAUUUUAUAAAAUCAACUAUCGAUUUCAGAAUUGUAAAGAUAGGAUGUUAAAGAAAAUUUAGCAGAAUUGAAUUCUAAAUACAAUAAAAUAGUAAUUAAUAUUAAUAAUUUUUGAAUAGAUAAUUUAAAUGGAAUAGGAUAGAAUAGUGUUAUUGGAAGAUAAAGAGAAACUUGUUGGACAUAAGAAAGUUUUAAUUGAAGAGGUGUAUAGAUUAAGAGGAAUAGUGUAAUAGAUGGAAGAAAAUUAAAAUAAUUAUAAAGAAGCUUUAAAAUAGGUUAAAACCUUUAUGGAAAGUGUUGAAAUAAAACCUACUUGA